AACUUACCAAUAUCCCAUAUCUCAUUUCUCAUUUGUGAAGCCUAAAAACCAAGAAAGCAGAAGCCACCAGCUUCUGCACACUGCCUCUACUACUUAACUUCUUGCCACUGCUUUUGCUGUUGCAUUGUUUGCAUCAAUAUGGCUUCUGCUGCUCUCUCAUCUCUGCAGGUGGGCUACAGCAAGGGAUUCUCUGAGUUCUCCGGGCUUCGGGGCUCAUCAUCGGCUCUCCCGUUUGCCAAGAGGGCGAACGACGAUUUUGUUUCUGUUAUUGCCUUCCAGACCUCUGUUGUUGGUGGAGGGAAGAACAAGAGAGGAGUGGUGGAGGCUAAGCUAAAGGUGGCAAUCAAUGGAUUUGGGAGGAUCGGGAGGAACUUCUUGAGGUGCUGGCAUGGAAGAAAAGACUCUCCUCUUGAUGUUAUUGCCAUUAAUGAUACCGGAGGUGUGAAACAAGCCUCCCACCUCCUCAAGUACGAUUCCACCCUCGGUAUCUUUGAGGCCGACGUCAAGCCCGUUGGCAACGACGGUAUCUCUGUCGACGGCAAGGUCAUCAAAGUAGUGUCGGACCGCAACCCUAGCAACCUCCCGUGGAAGGACAUGGGAAUUGAUCUUGUGAUUGAGGGAACCGGAGUGUUUGUGGACAGAGAAGGUGCCGGUAAGCACAUUCAAGCCGGGGCAAAGAAGGUGCUCAUCACAGCCCCCGGAAAGGGUGACAUUCCUACAUAUGUUGUUGGUGUCAAUGCUGAUGACUACAGCCCGGACGAGCCCAUCAUCAGCAAUGCUUCCUGCACCACCAACUGCCUUGCUCCUUUCGUCAAAGUCCUCGACCAAAAAUUCGGCAUCAUUAAGGGAACUAUGACCACCACACACUCCUACACCGGAGACCAGAGGCUUCUUGAUGCCAGCCACCGUGACCUAAGACGUGCAAGAGCUGCAGCCCUCAACAUUGUGCCUACAUCAACUGGUGCAGCGAAGGCAGUGGCCCUUGUCCUCCCACAGCUCAAAGGAAAGCUUAAUGGCAUUGCUCUCCGUGUGCCCACACCCAACGUCUCAGUGGUGGACCUUGUGGUUCAGGUAGAGAAGAAGACAUUCGCUGAGGAAGUGAAUGCUGCUUUCAGGGAGGCUGCUGAUAAGGAGCUCAAUGGGAUCUUGUCCGUGUGUGAUGAGCCACUCGUCUCGGUGGACUUCCGCUGCAGCGACGUCUCGUCGACUGUGGACUCUUCACUGACAAUGGUCAUGGGAGAUGAUAUGGUUAAGGUCAUUGCAUGGUAUGAUAAUGAGUGGGGUUACUCGCAGAGGGUGGUUGAUCUUGCUGACAUUGUUGCAAACAACUGGAAAUGAUGAGCUCCCUUUUCUUUUUUUGUUGCUGGUUCUUAUGUUUGUAGAUUCUUGUGUCCAUUGGGAAUUGUAAUGAGAAAGCAAACAAUUUUCCAUAUUGCUUAUGUUAAAUAAUUAACACGGUUAAUAAGAGGCUUAUGUUGAGUCUUUGUAAGAA